ACGUCUGAGAUUUAUUUCCUCUCAAGUCUGAGAUUUUGAUCAGAAAGGUAAACAUCUUGAAGGAGAAGCUGCCUUGCCACCACCACCACCACCACCAAAACUCCUUGAACGUUAUUUCUCUUAGAGAUAAUAAAACGUUGUGAGUAUACUCUGAGAAGAGACCAUGCCGAGUAGGAAGAACAUAGGGAACACCCAGUGGACGGCAUGGCUAACUCCGGUCAUCGUCUUGGCUUGUAUAGCCGUCUUCAUCGUUGCCAUGUUCAUCAACGACUGCCCCAAGACGGUUGCUGGCGCCAACGGAGAUUGCGUGCCAAGGUUUCUCCGUAGGUUCUCGUUCCAGCCUCUCAGAGAGAACCCUCUCUUGGGCCCAUCUUCUUCCACAUUGGAGAAAAUGGGAGCUUUGGAUCGGAGCAAAGUCGUGAACGGUAAUGAGAAAUGGAGGCUAGUCACGUCUAUGUGGCUCCACGCCGGUGUCAUUCACCUCAUUGUUAAUAUGUUCAAUGUGGUCCUCAUCGGUUUCCGCCUUGAGCAGCAGUUUGGAUUCAUAAGAGUGGGGCUUAUCUACUUGAUAGCGGGACUUGGUGGAAGCAUCCUCUCGGCACUCUUCCUUCAAAACAAUAUCUCCGUUGGUGCCUCAGGGGCUCUCCUUGGACUCCUUGGAGCUAUGUUAUCCGAGCUUCUCACCAACUGGACCAUCUACGCCAACAAGCUGGCAGCUUUGUUCACAGUCUUGUUCAUCGUGGCAAUCGAUUUGGCAAUAGGACUGCUUCCUUGGGUCGACAACUUUGCUCACAUUGGUGGGUUCUUAACCGGAUUUCUCCUCGGGUUUGUACUACUGGUCAGGCCUCAGUACGGGUGGGAAGAGUCCGGCAACUCUCCUUCUCAGUACGGUGCUCCUCGUGCCAGAUCAAAGUAUAACCCUUGUCAGUACUUGUUGUUCUUUAUCGCUGCUGUUUUGGUCGUAGCCGGUCUAGCGGUUGGGAUUGUGAUGCUGCUCAAAGGAGAGAAUGGGAACAAACUUUGCAAAUGGUGCCAUCACUUAGACUGUAUCGAGACGUCCAGAUGGACUUGUUGAUUUUCAAACAUCACUACUGUUUUUUUCUUUCUUUUAAAAAGGUGGUUAAUUAAUGUCCUUUUUGUGUUGCUCCUAUUGUUUUUCUAACUGUAACUGAAGUUGAUUGAGUGGAUUAUUUGAUAGUUUGAUUUAUAU